AGGAGGAGAGGCACCAGCCAGAGCAUCGUUUGCCGUGGUGGAGGAGAGCACGGUGUGAGGGGAUUGGCUGAGCCAGAGUGCAGCGUCACGGCCCGUGAGAGGGAGCUCUGAGGAUGCUCUGCUGAGCUGGGAUACAUUCACUGGGAAGCUCGGCCAUUGUCAGCUGUGUACGCUAAGGAAGAGAGACUCCGCUGCAGCAUAAUUUUCCUCCACACCCAGUGCUUUUGUCGUUGACUCUCCUCCUCGUCCGGCUCCAGCCAUGAAUUAUUUGCGCCGUCGCCUCUCGGACAGCACGUUCAUCUCCAACCUGCCCAAUGGCUACAUGACAGACCUCCAGAGGCCUGACCCCGCUCAGCCUCCUCCACCCGCCGCCGCCGCCACCACCAGCACCAUCCCUGCCAAGUCCCCAACAGCGGGGCCUACGCCUCCUGCCACUUCGCCUGCUCCGGAGAGGAAACCCCAGCAAUCUCAGUCGACCGGCGCAGGCUUCUUCAGCUCCAUCACCAACGCUGUCAAGCAGACGGCCGCCUCUGCAGGACUGGUGGAGCAGACCCAAGUCACGACACCCAAGAAGUUCAAGGUUCUCCUGGUGAUCGAUGAACCUCAGCAGGAGUGGGCUAAAUUACUCAAAGGAAAGAAAAUUUUCGGGGAUUAUGACGUCAAAGUGGAACAGGCCGAAUUCAACGAGAUCAAUGUUGUGGCUCAUGCCAACGGGACCUGCAACGUCACCAUGCAGGUUCUGAGGAACGGCACCAAGGUUGUCAGGUCAUUCAAGCCAGACUUUGUCCUCAUUCGUCAACACGCCUUCAGCAUGACCCAGAACGAAGACUUCCGCGACCUGAUCAUUGGUCUGCAAUACGGAGGCGUCCCGAGCAUCAACUCGCUCGAGUCGAUCUACAACCUGUGUGACAAGCCCUGGGCGUUCGCUCAACUCAUAAACACCUACAGGAAACUGGGCGCCGAGAAGUUCCCGCUGAUUGAGCAGACCUUUUACCCAAACUACAAGGAGAUGGUAAGCAUGCCGUCGUUCCCUGUCGUUGUGAAGAUUGGACACGCGCACUCGGGUAUCGGAAAGGUGAAGGCCGACAAUCACAGUAAGUUCCAGGACAUAGCCAGUGUCAUCGCUCUCACGCAGACCUACACCACCACGGAGCCGCUCGUCGACUCCAAGUACGACAUCCGGAUCCAGAAGAUCGGCACCGACUACAAGGCCUACAUGAGAACAUCUAUCUCUGGCAACUGGAAGACAAACACAGGCUCCGCGAUGCUCGAGCAGGUGGCGAUGACCGACAGGUACAAGCUGUGGGUCGACACCUGCUCAGGGAUUUUCGGGGGCCUGGAUAUUUGCGCGGUCAAAGCCAUCCACGGAAAAGACGGCAAAGAUUACAUCACAGAGGUGGCGGGCUCGUCAAUGCCCCUGGUGGGGGAGCACCAGGCCGAGGACCGGCAGCUCAUCGCCGACAUGACCUUGGCGAGAAUGAACCAGCUGGCAGAGAACGAGGCAAACGCUCCCCAGAGACCCACCACUGUACAGCCGUCCCAGGGAACUGGCCUCAAGGGGGAGAUGGCCGGCGAACUUACCAAGAACGGUGCUGGACGCCCGCCUCAGGGUUGUCUGCAGUACAUCCUCGACUGUAACGGUGUCGCGGUGGGUCCAAAACCGGUCCAGGCCAACUGAGUCGCCCGGGUAGACGCGGGGAAAAGUGUCCGAGUCUAGAUAACGAUGACGAAACGAAAACCUUUAGCCGAACGAAAGCGCAGACUUGCGGGCGUGUGUGUGUGUGUGUGUGUGUGGGUGGAUGCCGAUAGCCGAUGGGAUCCGACCUGGGUGACAUGAGCUCGGUGCAGCCUGGACUGUGUUUAACUCUAUGCAGUGUCAAAAUGUACUGUCUACUCUGUUGACCUGUUGGUUUGUGUGCUUGUAUGGGUCACCUCUGUUUCAGUAGCUGUGGGUUUUUCUUCCUUUGGGGCUGUUGUUGUUGAUGAUGUAAGAAGCAGAUUGUGCCUACACUGAGUUCAGUGCUGCUCUGUGCUUUACCCGAUUGACCCGGUUGUGGAUCUUUUGUUUGCCCCCUCUCCUCCUCCUACCCCAUCUCUCUUUUCUAUUUCGGUGUGAACCUUUAGAUAUUGUUCAAACUGUCUGACUGUCGUGCAGUUUGAAGUUUUGUGUAUUUGUCAAUGUGUAUACAGUACGUGGGUGCGUAUGGCCGUAGUGGUAUUUAUUUUUUAUAUUUUCACUAUUACAUGCUUUAUUUUUGGGGGGGGGGUUGCAUGAUUGGUACAAAAAACAGGUGCAAAGUCAGCUAUACGUGUUCCUGUUAUGACCCUGUGACCUGGAGGACGUUCAUUAUCAAACAUGCGUGAACAGUGCGAGUGACAGUGAAUACUCUCAUCAUCCACUUUCAACACUGACGUGCAGCGUGUUGCCUUUCGUAACGUUCAUUUUCACAGUAUAACAAGAAAUAUAGAUGAUUUAACGUGAUUUUAAAGAUACUAACAGAUGGAUAUAUUAAAAUUCAAUGUAUCUAAUAUAUUUAUGAUGCAGGAGGUUUGUGCUACAUUAUUUAAAAAAAAGAUUCGUCUAAUUUUGAACCAAAGAAUGAAAUAUUUACUUUUGACAAAACGGUCUUUGCACUCCAGCAACUCCAUAAUGUAAAUAUGAUAUCAGCGAGGGGACUGUUCAUUCCUGCAAAAGUGUAUAAUUCAAUCAUACGACAAAACACGCGCCAAAAAAACAAACAAACAAAAGAAAAACUGUUGUUGUCUUUUUGCAUUUGGUCGCGUGGAAGCAGACAAAUACGACUGAUGAGGAGGAAGCGUAUAAUGUAUGAUCUGCCAUGACCCCUCCCCUCCCCUCCACACACACACACACACACACACACACACACACAGACACACACACACACACACACACACACACCACCGCGGCGGUGCUGCCAUGACAACAGUGCAAGUGCUCUGAGGUUCAGUGAUGACUUCUGCUACUGCCAUUCAAAGAAGAUUUUCCUUGUUUACCAUCAUCACACUCUUCCACUGAGGUGAUGGAAAAGUGCAAUGUCACUCUUUGUCUACUUCUCUCUCGCGCUUUCUCUUUUUUAAAUUUUUUUUUUACUAAAUAAUAUAUUUAUUUUGAAAUCAGAUCUUCCAUCAAGUUAAAUCAAAAAGCUAUAUUCAUCCUCUCACUGUAUUGUUUAAAAAAAAUGAUGGUCACAAUGAGUUGGUUGUCGAUCUUAAAACCCCAAAAUGAUGACAGAAGUUCAGAGAUUGUAAAAAAAAAUUGUUUAUUUCUAUAGUAUAAAAUGUGUUCAGCGAGCUCUGUGUGCAAUUACUUUCCAAGUUGUAUAAAGUGCCAUUGUAUCUGUGAACGUAUCCUUGUAAAGAGCCAUGCCUGAGGCUUUAUGGAUGUGUUGUUCUCUUCACUAGGAAAAAUAUGCCAUUGACGUUGAUCGACCGAGGGAGGGAACGUGCCGGGGGACCCCCAGUUUUAAUAAUGGCUGCAUGGUUAGGGCCUUUGGUUUCGGUGAAUUGUGACGCCUGAAUAUUUGAUAAAUCAUAACUGGACGUGUCGUUUCUUUCUGCCAUUGUGUUGGGGUGAAAAACUUAUAUCUUCAGACCUGCAGGACUGUAAUUAUUAAGGGCAAUGGUGAACCUGCUAAAUAUAUGUGUGCAUUGAAAAACCGGUGUUGGACUGUUUGAAACAAGAUCAGACUACUAUAUAUAUAUAUAUAUAUAUAUAUAUAUAUAUAUAUAUUGUGGGGGG